AUGAGCGAAACAGCACGGCUGAAGAGCACCGUCUACGUGGGAGGUCUCGACCAGGGAGUGACUUCGCACACCCUUGCUGAAGCUUUUGUUCCAUUCGGAGAGGUUGUCGAUAUCUCCAUGCCCAAGCCGGAGAAGCCCAACUCCAACGAAGUUCACCGCGGAUUCGGAUAUGUGGAAUUCGAUCUACCCCAAGACGCCAAAGAGGCAAUCGACAACAUGGAUGGCAGCGAAAUUUACGGACGUACAAUCAAGGUCGCCGCUGCCAAGCCACAGAAGGAUGCCAAUGAGGGACUAGGCAGCAAGACAGCGAUCUGGGAACAGGAGGACUAUCUUGCCAAGCAUGCUGUCAGUGAGGAGGAUCGGGAAGCGGCGGAGGAGGCCCAAGCUGCUAGCAGUCGUCCCCGAGACCCGAUGCAGGGUUUGAAACAACUAGAUGUUGCUGGACCCAAACCUGAGUGA